AUGACUGCCACAAAACCAAUCACUACAGAGGCUAUCACUACUACAACAGAGUCCACGACCACCACCACCACAGAUGCUACCGCUACUACAAUGGAGCCCCCCACAACCACGACAACAAAAGAGUCACCCACAUCUACUUCCAUCUCAAAGGCUGUCAUAACAACCACUGCUAUAACUACAACAAAGCCUACCACCACAACAGAGCCCCCUUCUACCACCACAGUACACACUACUACAACAUCAGAGUCUCCUAUUACUACAACUGAGCCCCAUACAACCACGACCACAACAGAAAACCCCUACACUACAACCAAAAAAGAGGCAACCACAACAGAGCCCACUGUUGUCACCACCACACAGGCUCUCAUUACUACAACUGAGACCCCCAUAAUAACGAUCCAAACUGUGUCCCCCACAACUACGACCACAUCAGAGGCCACUGGUACUACCAAUGGUAAAACGACAACUAAACCCACCACUACAUCAGAGGACCCAUCUACCAUGACAGCGCCCUCUACUACUACCUCAGAGUCUCCAAAUACUACAAAAGAGACUGCCACAACCACAACAAAAGCCCCAACCACUAUUACAACAGUGGCACCCACUACCAGCACGGAGCCCACUACCACCACCAGCUCCAUCACAACCACACAAGCUCCCAUUACUACCAGUGUGCCCCCUACACCCACAACCACCACAGAAUCACUUACAACUUCUACAAAUUCAGAAGCCACCGUUACGACCACUACUAUGACCACUAGAAUGCCAGUCACUACCACAGAGAUCCCCACUACCACCACAGAGGCUCCCACUACUACCACUGAGCUCCCGACAACUACGACUGUAACAGAGCCCUCCACCACUACUACCACCUCAGAUACUCCCACUACUACAACUGAGCCACCCACAACCUCCAGCACUACAGAGACCCCAACCUCUUCUACCACUUCAAAUGCUGCCAUUACCACCACUACUAUGACUGCCACAAAACCAAUCACUACAGAGGCUAUCACUACCACAGAACACACUAUCACCACCAGCUCCAUCACCACCACACAAGCUCCCAUUACUACCACUGUGCCCCCUACACCCACAACCACCACAGAAUCACUUACAACUUCAGAAGCCACCGUUACGACCACUACUAUGACCACUACAAUGCCAGUCACUACCACAGAGAUCACCACUACUACCAGAGAGGCUCCCACUACUACCACUGAGCUCCCGACAACUACGACCGCAACAGAGCCCUCCACCACUUCUACCACCUCAGGUACUCCCACUACUACAACUGAGCCACCCACAACCUCCAGCACUACUGGGACCCCCACCUCUUCUACCACUUCAAAUGCUGCCAUUACCACCACUACAAUGACUGCAACAAAACCAAUCACUACAGAGGCUAUCACUACUACAACAGAGUCCACGACCACCACCACCACAGAUGCUACCGCUACUACAAUGGAGCCCCCCACGACCACGACAACAACAGAGUCACCCACAUCUUCUUCCAUCUCAAAAGCUGUCAUAACAACCACUGCUAUAACUACAACAAAGCCUACCACCACAACAGAGCCCCCUUCUACCACCACAGUGCACAUUACUACAACAUCAGAGUUCCCUAUUACUACAACUGAGCCCCAUACAACCACGACCACAACAGAUAACCCCUCCACUACAACCAGAAAAGAGGCAACCACAACCACAGCAGAGCCCACUGUUAUCACUACCACACAGGCUCUCAUUACUACAACUGAGACACCCACAAUAACGACCCGAACUGUUUCCCCCACAACUACGACCACAUCAGAGGCCACUGGUACUACCAUUGAGGCCACUGGUACUACCAAUGGUAAAACGACAACUAAACCCACCACUACAACAGAGGCACCAUCUACCACGACAGAGCCCACUACUACCACCUCAGAGUCACCUAUUACUACAAAUGAGCCUGCCACAACCACAACAAAGGCCCCAACCACUAUUACAACAGUGGCACCCACUACCAGCACAGAGCCCACUACCACCACCAGCUCCAUCACAACCACACAAGCUCCCAUUACUACCAGUGUGCCCCCUACACCCACAACCACCACAGAAUCACUUACAACUUCUACAACUUCAGAAGCCACCGUUACGACCACUACUAUGACCACUAGAAUGCCAGUCACUACCACAGAGAUCACCACUACCACCAGAGAGGCUCCCACUACUACCACUGAGAUCCCGACAACUACGACUGUAACAGAGCCCUCCACCACUACUACCACUU